AUGGGUGACGACGUGCGUCAUUAUGAUGUACAACAAAACGAUAAAUAUGGGCGAUAUCUGGUAGCUAAUAAAGACUUAGUGAGCGGUGAAUUAAUAUUUACUGACACUCCAUUCGCCGUUGGACCAAAACCAGAUACUCCACCACUAUGCCUAAGUUGUUACUGUCCCGUGGAGAACACCCUAUGCUCUGCUUGUGGUUGGCCGGUCUGCAGCGAGGAGUGUGGGAAGUCUCUGGCACACGCUGGAGAGUGUGAAGUCUUCUCCGCAGUCAAAGUGAAGUUCCAAACGGUCGAGGAUUGGACCGUGAGCGCACCACAGCUUGAUUGCAUUACGCCGUUAAGAAUACUUUUAGCGAAAGAAAAAGACCCCGAUCGAUGGCAACGCGAGCUAGAAGUGAUGGAGACUCACACGAAGGAACGGAAGGAGAGGCCCACCUGGGGUGCUGACCAGGUCAACAUCGCAGACUUCCUUGUGGACUACUGUAAACUUGGCGAUAGAUUUGACAAGGAGCUGGUACAAAAAGUCUGCAGUAUUCUUGAGGUGAAUUCUGUAGAAAUCCCAUCCCGUGGUGGCUUUAGCAUAAGAGCUCUUUAUCCCCAGUUAUCAAUCGCAGCACACAAUUGUGUUCCGAACAUCGUUCAUACAAUACUACAAAAUGAUUACCAAGUGCAAGUUCGAGCUGCGGUCCCCUUACAACAAGGAGAAACUCUUUACAUAUGCUACACGCACUCAUUGUCUCCUACCAUUGUUCGUCGCGACUUUCUACUCGAGUCCAAGUUCUUCGAGUGCGAUUGUGCUCGUUGCGCUGACCCUACAGAACUCGGGACACAUCUUAGCACUCUCAAGUGCAGUAAAUGUGAUAAUGGAGUGAUACUGGCUACUAAUCCUUUAGACAACGACGCUCCAUGGACGUGUUCGGACAAAAACUGUGGGUUCAAGACGUCCGGUGCCGCAAUGCGCAAGAUGUUGGCAGUGGUGCAAUCUGAAAUCGACCAGCUUGAUAUGAUGGAGCCCGGCCCCGCCGCUAUUGAGCAAAGAGAGGCCACGAUCAAUAAGUAUAAAUCAGUAUUCCAUCCCCGACACUCGCUUCUUUUGUCACUGAAGCACACACUAGCUCAGCUGUACGGCCGAGUAGAAGGGUACAGCAUCGAUGAGCUGCCGGACCUCAUGCUGGAGAGGAAAGCCGAGUUCUGCAGGCUCGUCCUCAGCACUCUGGACGUUAUCAUGCCAGGAGAGACUCGAAUGAGAGGUAUGAUGUUGUAUGAGUUACACGCACCUCUGAUGUUCUUAGCAAGAAACGAAUUUAGUGCUGGCCUUAUUACUCAAGAGAAAUUGAAAGAAAAAUUGCAAGAACCUAUUCAAUGCUUGGCGGAAGCCGCACAGAUUCUUAUACGGGAGGAUCCACAAAGUCCUGAAGGAAUAACUGGGCAGAUCGCACAGCAGUCUAUGGAACAACUUAAAGCUAGUCUUGAGUGCUUAUAA